CUAGGAGGGGUUGAGGAGGGAGAAGUCGGGAUGGGAAUCGCGAGAGGUCGGGAUGGGAGUGCGGGAUGGAGGGACAAGUAAGCGGAAGAAAUGUUGGGACCACGCUGGGAAGGGAGAAAUCGGGAUGGAGAGUCGGGAGAGGUCGGGAUGGGAGUCGGGAAAAGGAGGAGGAGAGGUCGGCAUGUCGGGAUAUGGUCGGGAGGGGGAGGGCCAGAGGUCAGGAUGGGACUUGGAAGGGAAAAGUCGGGAUGGAGAGUCGGGAAAGGUCGGGAUGGGAGUCGGGAAAAGGACGAGAAGAGGUCGGAAUGUCGGGAUAUGGUCGGGACGAGGAGGGGCAGAGGUCGGGAUGGGAGUCGGGAAGACAAGGGGAUCGAAGUCGGGAUAGGGGAAAGAAGCGAGAGGUCGGGAUACACUGGGAGGGGUUUAGAAGGGAGAAGUUGGGAUGGGAAUCGCGAGAGGGAGAAGUUGGGAGAGGUCGGGAUGGGACGGGGAGAAGCAGAGGUCGGGAUGGGACUCAAGAAGAGGGAGGGAUCGAAGUCGGGAUAGGAUCGAAGUCGGGAUAGGGGAAAGAAGCGAGAGGUCGGGAUACGCUAGGAGGGGUUGAAGAGGGAGAAGUCGGGCGAGAGGUCGCGAUACGUU